GAAAGACAUUUUUAAAACCUAUUAGAGCCGUUUUGCUAUUAUUUUACAUUUUUUCGAAUGCAAAGUUAUACCUAUUCUAUUAUCGAUCAAUUGUAUUUUAAGUUCUCAAGCACACAAAAAAUUAAUCCAUACAUAACUCGAAUUCUGAGUUUCAACUAGAACCUUAUGUUACAUUAUGUCGUCUAUGAACAAGAAAUGAAAAAAAAUGUAUAAAAAGAAGAGCGGAAAUAGCGCGCUCGAAAGAGCUAACAAUUUGCUCAAAUCAUCAGGUGCAAGGGGUAAUAAUUUGCGUAAACCAUCUGCGCUAGACGAUGACGAUGACGAUGCAGCAUUAGAUUCAUAUUUGAAAUCUCUAAAGAACGAACCUAAAAAAACUACUCAAGAGUCAGAAAUAAGUGGAUUGAGCGACAUAUCUAUAUCUGAAAGUGAAAAGUUUAACAUUCCGCAACCAAUGACCAAUAAGUUCCUCAAAAAGAAACCUGCAUCUGACACCAAUAAAAAUACUUCCUUAUCAUCUGGUCAGAAUGCAAAGAAACCAAUAGCAGGAAAUUUAAAAUCAUAUUCAGCACUUUCCACCUUGCAAAAAUUUUCUCAAAAAUAUGGAAAAUCUAAAGUUUCUACAGGAGAUCAAAGUCAAAGAAAACAAAAAAUAAGUGACACUGACUCAGAUAUAGACAUAAGUGAAGACUCGGAAGUACUAAGGGAUAUGAAGGAACUGAAAGCUAGCAAACAAAAAAUAAAGGAAAAUUUAACACAACCUUCACAGCAUUCGUUUUUCGUAGACUCACCUUCAGGUUUUAAGGAUGACAUAAGUUCCAGUUCAAGUGAUUUUGGAAAAGGUGCUAAAUUUCUAAAGAAAAAGCCAGCGGUUAUUGAAUCGCCAAAAACUACCCAAAAGAAAUUUAUUAAAACGGAAAUUCCUACUGCAAAACCAGAACCAAAAAAAAAGAGAUCUCUAUUUGAAUUGGAGAGUGCUAAGAAGCAUCAAACGGCCGUAAUGUUAGAUACUGAUGAGGAGAGUAUGGCCGCUUAUCUAAACGAAUUAUCUUCCAGUAGAGGACCUAAAAGUCUUAAGAGCGCCAGCUCUUCUCAGGCAAUAGAUUCAAUAAGAGAAGAUUAUGAUGAAGCGGAAUCUAUUGAUAGUAAUGAUAGCUUUAGAGGUAAAAUUGUUGACCUAGCUGAAUUGGACUACGAGGAACCGGAACAAGAUUGGCCAGGUAAUCGAAUUGAAAAGACAAAAAAAUCGGAAAAGAAGAGGCAAAAUAAACCAGAAAGGGAUGUUUUUGAAAAAUUAAAUAUUCAAACUAUAGAUGAUACUGAUGAGAUUGAUGAAGAUAUUGGAUUCUCUCCACCCCUUAAAGGAAUUUUGACAACACCUAGGACUCCUCGAUCAAAAAGAAAUCAAAGAUUAUCUUUUACGGACAUUAGUCAUAGGUCACGAUCUCCAAGUCCAGAAAUAGUACUCACUGCUCGGCCUGAUUCUGUUACUGAAGAAAUCUACACAGAAGACUUUGAUAAAUCUGUUACAUCGAUUCAUACCGAAUCGGAGGAGGAGAAUAUAACUUCAAUUCAAACUGAAACGAGAUCUAGGAGUAAACGCGACUCCCUUGGCGGAUAUUCGGAUGAUUUUAGCGACGAAACAUUUUCAAGGAGACGGAGAAAUUCCUCCGCCUCUGAUAGGUCUAGAAGUAGGAGUUACACUCGCUCAAGGUCCUAUUCAGACGAUUUCACUAACACUGAAGAUUAUAGCUCUGACGAAGACUCAACUCUUAGAAGUAGACGAAGACUAUCUCGUAGUUCGUCGUACGAGAGUUAUUCCUCUCACGCUUCCAGUACAUUAAGCUACUCAUCUUUCAUAACAGAUAGAUCUUCCAGUCGAAGUCCUUCACCCCGGCUAGCAAAGCGACCAAGUAAAAGUCUUAAAACGAAAUCGGUUAAAAUUCAAACUGGAGAAAUUCCCGGUCUAUUAUAUCAUUGGAAUAAUGGUCCAUCUGAUUAUAGUUUCCUGACUGGGAAAAGUCGUUUACCUACUGGAACUUAUCACAUUAAUCCAGAAAAGUUGGAGGCAUUAACUAAUCACAAUCCUGCAGAAGUUCUCAUUAAUUCACUAGUAAAACAACAGUUAAUCUUAGCCGCAAACAUGGCGGAUUUAUUAAAAACCCGUCAUAGGUAUGCUGUAGAAAAUACCCAGGCUACUUACUCUUAUACUACAUUAGCUGAAACAAAAAAGUAUAUCGCUUCAAAGCGCAAAAAACGCUUAACUUACGAAGAAGCCUUAAGAGAGGUCAAAGAAGAAAUGGGCUUAGAUUUAAAAACAGAAGAAUCGGAGUGCUCAAAGUGUCAAAGACGACGAAGAAACUCAAAAUCGACAGAAAAGAGAGAUAGAAAACAAAAAUCAAGGAAAAAAUCUAAGCGAGAUUAUAUUGACAAAAUUCAAAAAGAAAUUGAACAAAAUUAUGAUAAUAAUAAGAUGGAUUUUUCCAAGCUAAUCCAGGAAAAAUUGGAUAAAGUGGACCCUAUUGAAAAUAGUAAAAGUAACAGUUUAGAACAGUUAAGAACUGUAUCUAGUGAAGGAUUCCUAAUGGAAAAAUCCCAAGAAGCGACAACUCAAAGUAGAGUUAUUGUACAAAGUAAUGGAAGUUCUAAAGGCGGAAUUUCUAUACAAAAAAUUCAUAGCGAACAGGAUGAAACAAAUCAGAAGAAAGAGGUUGAAGAUAAAACAAUAUCAGAGGAUUUUGUUGUCUCUGAAGCGAGUAAAAGUGAAUCGGAUGUGAAAAUUGAAUCAGAUGGAAUCAAAGAAAGUGAAAGCGAAAGUCCAGAACGUAAAUCUACAACAACUGAUGAAGAGCAAAAAGAAAAUUCAAGUACAUCAAUGAAUACAACCGAAUCUAGUGAAGAUAAAUUCAAAAAUGUUAAUUUCGAAUUCGAUAUGGAUAAUUCUGAUUUUUAA